AUGGAUAAAUUGAAUGUAAAUUCGUUAUUUCUAUCUGCGCCUUCGACGAAUACGGGUCGACGAUUUUCACUUGUACCACCAUUUAAUAAAUCUACACCAUCAUCCCCAUCAACAACACCAACAAUUCUUCGUCGAAAGAGUAUGGUAGAACCGCCGGCGGUUGCUGAGGCACGACGUGAAGCUGAAGAAAAACGCGAUGCAAAAUAUGCGAAAAUGGAACGACAACGUGAAGAAGUUCGACAAACUAUUCGAGAAAAAUAUAAUAUAAAAAAGAAAGAAGAAGCAAUCUCAUUACCACCACCAUGUGAAGGACGGUUGACAGCAGAUAAAAAAGGGCCCAUUCCAUUGCCGGAUGAUGAUGAUAGCUUUGAUCCAGUUAAAAUGGCAACAAAUGCAUUGAAUACCAUAACCGAUAAAUUGCCAUUUAAAUUACCAUGGAAAUAG